UGCAUAUGUGCUCCAGGUCAAAGCCACAGAUGCAGAUGACCCAACCUAUGGAAACAGUGCCAGAGUCGUUUACAGCAUUCUACAGGGACAGCCUUAUUUCUCUAUUGAUCCCAAGACAGGUGUUAUUAGAACAGCUUUGCCAAACAUGGACAGAGAAGUCAAGGAACAAUACCAAGUACUCAUACAAGCCAAGGAUAUGGGAGGACAACUGGGAGGAUUAGCUGGAACGACAAUAGUCAAUAUCACCCUCACUGAUGUCAAUGACAACCCACCUCGAUUCCCCAAAAGCAUCUUCCAUCUGAAAGUUCCAGAGUCUUCUCCUAUUGGCUCAGCUAUUGGAAGAAUAAGAGCUGUGGAUCCUGAUUUUGGACAAAAUGCAGAAAUUGAAUACAAUAUUGUUCCAGGAGAUGGGGGAAAUUUAUUUGAUAUCAUCACAGAUGAGGAUACACAAGAAGGAGUCAUCAAAUUAAAAAAGCCAUUAGAUUUUGAAACAAAGAAGGCAUAUACUUUUAAAGUAGAGGCCUCCAACCUUCACCUUGACCACCGGUUUCACUCUGCGGGCCCUUUUAAGGACACAGCUACAGUGAAGAUCAGCGUGCUGGACGUGGACGAGCCGCCCGUCUUUAGCAAGCCGCUCUACACCAUGGAGGUUUAUGAAGACACUCCAGUAGGGACCAUCAUUGGUGCUGUCACCGCACAAGACCUCGAUGUGGGCAGUAGUGCUGUCAGGUACUUCAUAGACUGGAAGAGUGACGGGGACAGCUACUUUACAAUAGAUGGAACUGAAGGAACCGUCGCCACUAAUGAAUUACUAGACAGAGAAAGCACCGCGCAGUAUAAUUUCUCCAUAAUUGCGAGUGAAGUUAGUAACCCAUUAUUAACCAGCACAGUCAACAUACUGAUCAAUGUUCUAGAUGUCAACGAAUUUCCUCCAGAAAUAUCUGCACCAUAUGAGACAGCUGUGUGUGAAAAUGCCAAAGCAGGACAGAUAAUUCAGAUAGUCAGCGCUGCAGACCGAGAUCUUUCACCUGCUGGGCAGCAGUUCUCCUUUAGAUUAUCACCUGAGGCUGCCAUCAAACCAAAUUUUACAGUCCGUGACUUCAGAAACAACACAGCUGGAAUUGAAACCAGAAGAAAUGGAUACAGCCGCAGGCAGCAAGAGUUAUAUUUUCUCCCUGUUGUAAUAGAAGACAGCAGUUAUCCUGUCCAGAGCAGCACAAACACAAUGACUAUUCGAGUUUGUAGAUGUGACUCUGAUGGUACCAUCCUGUCUUGUAACGUGGAAGCAAUUUUUCUACCUGUAGGACUUAGCACUGGGGCGUUGAUUGCAAUCCUGCUGUGCAUUAUUAUACUCUUAGUCAUAGUCGUGCUGUAUGUAGCGCUGCGAAGGCAGAAGAAAAAGGACACCCUGAUGACCUCAAAAGAAGACAUCAGAGACAAUGUCAUCCAUUAUGAUGAUGAGGGAGGCGGGGAGGAGGACACCCAGGCUUUUGACAUUGGGGCUCUGAGAAAUCCUAAAGUGAUUGAAGAGAACAAAAUUCGCAGGGAUAUAAAACCAGACUCCCUCUGUUUACCUCGUCAGAGAGCACCAGUGGAAGAUAACACAGACAUAAGGGACUUCAUUCAUCAAAGGCUACAAGAAAAUGAUGUGGACCCAACCGCGCCACCAUAUGACUCAUUGGCCACCUAUGCCUACGAAGGAGAUGGGUCUGUGGCAGAGUCCCUCAGCUCGAUAGACUCCCUCACCACCGAAGCCGACCAGGACUUCGACUAUCUGACAGACUGGGGACCCCGCUUUAAGGUCUUGGCAGACAUGUUUGGUGAAGAAGAGAGUUAUAAUCCAGAUAAAGUCACUUAGUGGUGACAUGAAGACUAAAAGGAACACAACUGAGAGGAGAAAUUUUUUUAAAAAGAAAAAGAAACAAAUAAAAAUCAUAUCCACACAGACACACACACAGGCUUUACAGGACAAGAUUCCUUUGAUUAUCUGGUUUCUAGCAAGUUACUCUAUUUAUCCUCUUGUCAGUUUUGGUUUAUUCUUCCAACACAAGAUAAAUCUUAUUAUAUGUACUUGCUUUGUUUUGUUUUGUUACUUCAGAAACACACUGAGACAAGCUCAGGCCUAUUAAAUACAAUUUACAGACAUGACAACCUAGAAUGAAGAUAGCUAUGUGGCAUCACGGUGGAAGAGUGUUAGAUUUUUCUUAAUUCCACUAAAGUGCCUAUUGAAACUCUUCUCAUUUCAAGUGGUGUACAGUACACUCUGCUGUGAUGGCAUUGCAGGAUUCAGAGAUAAAGAGGAUGUAAAACAAAGACAGCGUCUUUAUGUCAAGGAGCAAUAGCAAUAUGCUGACUCUUCUUCCCUGUUGAGACAAACAGGAAGAAUACUUUCUGAACUCCAUCUUCUUAUAAUUCAAAGUUGUUUUUUUUCUUUUUAAAACUGUAUGCCAAAACAUAUCUGCUUCUCCUCCCCUUUCAGAAAAUUGGACUAAAUAUGAUAAUAUCAAAACAGUAUGUAUAAGUCCUGAAUUCUAAAAGCAAUGUUUGAUCUUAAUAGUUCAUAUUAAAGGUGUUCAUUCAAAUGUUACUUUUUUCCAAAUAAUAAAAUUUUAAAAAAGGGAAUAAAAAAAAAUCCUCUUUAUAAAGUGAGGCCUCAGGGCUCAAAUUCCACCUUAAAAUAAAUAUUGGUUUUGGUUAAUGCUGUACUGGUGUGUGAAAAAUUGGUUUUGAAAAGUCACCAUAUUAUUAAAACUUUCAGUCAUUGGUAAAACUUCA